UUCGCAUGGCUGUCCCCAAGUCCAGUCUGGAAGCUGCUGGCUUUGUCACCCCUUCGGGCCCUGCCACAGUUCCCUGCCAGCCCCAGAGGCAGGGAGAGGCGUUGUCUCAGGGGUAGGGAGAAGUGCUCCCCGGUGUAGGCCUGGAAGGGGCGGUGCUCGGGAUCCUCGGGGCUGGACCGCCCAGAACCCUGAACCGAAAGCAGCCGGUGUAGGCGGGGAGGAAGGGGAGGUGGUUGUAGGCUGGGAGGUGUAAGCCCGGCCGGAAUGCCCGCCGCUGCUGCUUGGGAGCCAUGGCUCUGCGGCUGGUCACUCACUUCGAUGUGCUGGAGGACGUGCUCCCGAGUUUGCUCACACAGGCGGCGACAACGGACAAAGGAGAUGGCGCAGGUGUUUUAGAAACAACUUAUGGGAGCUUACGUGUACUAAACAUUGAAAGAAAUGGAAACAUUAUUUAUACCUAUAAGGACAAUAAGGGAAACGCUGUUUUUGGAUUAUAUGAUUGCCAAACCAGACAGAAUGAGCAUCUGUACACCUUUGAGAAGGACAUGCAAGCUGUCAGUUGUUCAGUCAACAGUGAGAGAACGAUGCUUGCUGCAAGUUUCAUUCAGUAUACCACAGAGGGAGUAAAGAAUGACCUUCAGCCAGGGUCGAAGUGCCUAACUUUGCUGGUUGAAAUACACCCUGUUAACAACGUGAAGGUUCUGAAAGCAGUGGAUAGCUGUAUUUGGGUACAGUUCCUCUACCCACAAGCUGAAAGUCAUCUUCUUCCACAGAACCACCUGUUACUGAUCUCAGAAGAGAAAUAUAUUGAGCGGUUUCAUAUCCAGAUCACCAGAGAAGAUGGAGACAGAGUGGUGAUUAGAAAUUCUAGCCAUCUCCCAAGAGAGAGACUAGCUGAAGACUUUGUUUGGGCUCAGUGGGAUCUGUCAGAGCAGAGACUGUACUACAUUGAGCUAAAGGAGUCAAGGAGUAUCUUGAAAUGCAUCCAGUUUAGGGCAGAUGAAAGUUUUAACUUAAUGUUUGAAAUGCCCUUGGACAUAUCGUUAACUGGCUUGAGAUUUAAACUUGUCAACUUUGGAUAUGACUAUCGUCAAGACUGUGAGAAGCUAUGCAAUCAGCCUUCUCUCUGCAUUUUUACCAACCAUACAGGGAGUUUGUGUAUGUGUUACAGCCCAAAGUCGGACUCACAGGAAGAAAUCACAUAUUCAGUGUUCUACCUCCAUAAAGGAUACAGAAAGACCUUCACUGCAGCUCCUGGAAGUGCUGACUCACAGGUCACAGACGGCAUCACUUUCCUCAACCUUGGCUACUUUGUGGCUGUUUACUCCCCUGGCCAUUUCCUUCAUUUACUUAACAUUCAGCAUCCAGACUUGGUCUGCCACAGUCUGUUUCUGACAGGAAAUAACAAAAUAGCUGCUGUGCUACCUCCAAGUCCUUUGCAGUCCCUGCCGGGGUCCCUGGUUCUGGACUGCUAUUCUGGAAAGGUCUAUAGAGCAACCCUUGACCAGUCAUACUUGUUGCGGUUCCUAUGGAACGCCCGUCUCGACUGUGAGAGAAUGGCUGCACUGCACUGUAUACUAUCCUGUAGUCAAGACCCAGGUUUCCAGGAAGAACAGAUUAUUCAGUGGAUUUCGGAGCAUGUCUCUGCUUGCCAUUCAUUUGACCUCAUUCAAGAAUUUCUAAUUGCUUCCUCCUAUUGGAGUGUGUAUGCAGAGCUGGACGACGUGGGCAUGCUCCUACAAUACUCCUCUGUGCUGACUUGGAACCCAGAAAUUCCCGGAAUAAAGCUUGUGACAGAGGAACUCCCAUUGCCUCUUAUGAAGGUCUACUGCUUGAAGGGGUACUGGGCAAAGUUGAACUCCAAUCUCGAGUACAUUAAGUAUACGAAGCCUCACUUGCACUACCACAACAGCGUCGUGAGGAGGGAGUGGCUUAACCUGAUCUCUGAAGAGAGAACGGGCAAAAGGAGAUCCACAAUGUACGUGAGGAACAUUCUUGAGAACGCAAUGAAGGUGAUUUCUAACAUGGAAACGAGGACACUGGAGCCAAGGUUAAUACCUUUCUUACAAGAGGAAGACCGGCACCAGAGGCUGCUUAUGGGCUUGCUGGAUCUCAUUUGGUGCUUGCUGGAAACCAGUUGGAGGAGACACAGUAUGCAUCCGUUGGUUCUCCACCUCAAUAGCCAUUGCAGUGCUGCCGAUUUUGAAGUCUUUCAUCUCAUGACCAGGAUUUUGGAUGCUGCUAGCAGUUUGUGUUUGCCUCUGCCUCCUGGUUUCCACUCUCUGCACACGAUCCUUGGGGUCCACUGCCUCCCUUUGUACAGCCUUCUGCACUACAUUGAUAACGGAGUGCUGCUGCUUACUGAGACCGCAGUCACGAGGCUUAUGAAAGAUCUGGACAAUUCAGAGAAAAAUGAACAACUGAAAUUCAGCAUCAUUGUCCGGCUCCCUCCGCUUAUUGGCCAGAAGGUUUGCCGGCUUUGGGACCACCCCAUGAGUUCCAAUAUCAUUUCACGGAACCAUGUGGCCCGGCUGCUGAAGAACUACAGGAAAGAGCCUCGGAACUCCAUGAUUGACAAAUCAUCAUUUCCGGUAGAAUUUCUGCCUCUGAACUACUUCAUCGAAAUUCUGAUGGGCCUGGAGUCCUCCAGCCAAGCACUGCAUGGCUUUGAAGGACAUGACAAUGUGGAUGCAGAAUUUGUAGAGGAAGCUGCUCUGAAACACACCACCAUGCUUUUGGGCUUAUGAAAGUGGACAUGCAGACGGACGAUUUCAAUAUUUUCCCCUCCCUUUUCUGGAAACCUUUCCACUGUCUUUAAGAUUGGGAACAGGUCAGAAUAUACUGCAGAGCUGUUGGCUUCGGUACAGUUCUUAUUCCGAGGCAGCUGCUACUUCUCUCAGUUCAAGCAGCCAGUAAACAGCCGAGAGGAAAGAACAAGUUCAAGGCUGUGUGCUGCGGCAGGAACAGUGCCCUCCUUGGUGGCCCAGUAGGCCUGGAGCUGGUUCUGUUGCACUAAAGAAUCUAAUGCAAACACAGGGGACAAUGCCUAGAACAGUGAGAGCCAGGCGGUCACUGGAAAGGACGUAGGACAGGCAGGAAAGGUCAGUGCUGGGAAGAGCAUCUCAGGAGAACCUGAAACUGAGUAAGCAAGGCCUGUCACGUCCAGUUUGGAGGAACUGGACAAAUAACCAUUUGUCCAUACAGGGCUUAGACCAGCCUUUACCUUUGUGGAGGCUCAGAUAGAGCCAUGUUUAAUUUUAUAUUUAUGAUUUAGUACUAUCUUGUCAUUAAAUACCACUUCAAAUACUGAAAUCUUUGGUCUGACUCUCCCUAAGUUUUGGGUAUAGCCUUGUUUGCAUAAGGCAUUUUGAGCCCAUCAGUGUGACUAGGGAGAGGCCCCUGACACCUGACGAGGUAUUUGGUCCUUUCUCAUCUCCCUCCUGCAAUGACAUCAUGCUGACCCCUAGCUGACCCCUAAGGCUCAGCUUUCCAGAUUCCAUUCUGCUUCUCUGUGUCCUCACGGGUUCCUGUUCACAUGGUGAGAUUUUAAUGAUUCUAAAUGUUACUAACUCACAUGCAAUCCACCGUAUUUUCAGCAAUCUUUGCUGUGCUCUAGAAACUGUCCUAGCCUAUAGAAUUUCCCUUUCACUCCAAAUAGUCAGCCAGGCUUGGAACCUUGCCACCAAGUCAGCAAUGCUGCAAUACGGUAUUUUCACAUUUUUUCUGUCUGUUCAUAUUGCUUGUGUUACAAAUUGCUCUGUACUGGAGACAGCAGGUUUUAUUUAGUUCAAAUUAAAUUUUUAAAAAUCAUUUUUUGCUAAUAAAACUCUGACAGAACCCUUAAUUUGUAUUUUAAACGGUUCAUCUUCCCUCUGCUAUUUUAAGUACCCUUGCCUACAUCCUUCCAGUAGUUUCUGUUCACGCCUGCAUUGUUCCUGUGAUUUUGUAAAGCUGAGUUUAUUGGACACAUUUAUGAAGUUAUCUUCAGUGCGACUUUGACACUAGCUCAUAAUUCUUCACUAACUUGCUGUUUACUGAAGAGUAACGUGUAACUCCCUUGGCACUUCACUCUCAAAUUUUGACCUUGUACAAUAUGAACACUCUUGCAGCCAAGCUGGUUCACUAGGCCUUGGAACAUGAGUUUGGCCUUCUUCUUUCAAAGGUUGGAACAGGUUGUUUCCUCCACUUGGAGUCCCUUUCUACCUCAAAACCCCCAAAUCUUCAUGUUCUAGGGCUAGACAAACACACACACACAUACACACAUACGCACACGCACACACACACUGGACUGUAAUCUAAGAUACUUCAGUCCAUGGUGGCACCUGCCUUUUAUCAACUAGCAGCAUACAUUGCAAUAUUUAAGAGUCUCUCUGUGAUUAAAAAAAAAUCUUACCAUUCUUAUGGUGUUUAAACUUUCUCUGUGUAUAGUUUUUAAUGCCCAAAGAGGUUCCUAAUUUCUGUGCCAUCGGGACUGUUUCAGUGUGCAGUGAUUCCUUUCUUAGCUAAAUGGCUGGUACUUACUCAAGGGUCUCACAUGUCCUUUGCUUUGGAAUGGUAGUGCAAAGCAAAGAGGUCAAAUUCAGGACUCAGAAAAUGAGAGUAAACUUAAGUCCCCAGCCAAUGUGGCAGAACAGGUGCUUGGAACAUCAUGUUGGAUUUAGCAAAAUGAAAGUAUAGUGUGUCCAUCCCCGCUGGACAUGGGAUUUAUAACUACCACCAACACAGGAGAGACAGCUUAAGCAUGUAAAUGUAAAAGGACGGCCUCACACAUACGAGCAAAUCAUCACAUCUAAUAAUAAAGACACUGGGAUCAGAAAAACAUAUGGGUGAAACGAAUCUCUGAGCAGAUAAGUAGAAUUGUUCUCACAGAAGUAACAUCACUUGAGUGACAAGUGUUCCUACCACUCUUCACACAGCCUUCGUGCUGCUGCAGCAAAGGGGCUGCAUCUGUCACAUAGCAGUUUCCUCAAUCAGGUAGUCAGACUGUGCACACAUAAAUGGGUACCUGUUUUCCCUCUAAUAGAAAGAAAACACUCUAAUGUCUGUACUUCACUGA